CUCAGAUCUUCUCCAAAUCUACACCAAUUGUGGCUGGUGCCUCUAUACGGACUCCUAACAGCCACCCCCGAAUUCACCCCACAUAGCACCGAUCGACCCAUACCCUUGCAUCGGAUCAGCGCAAUUUCUAUCCGUAGCUUCGUCUUUUUUUUCGGCGGUCCGGUUCGGUUUGCUAACAUCCUAUCUUCUCUCCCGACUUUAUAGGACCUCACCCGGGAACGGCCCGAUAUUGUGUGAGACCAUGGCCGCCCGUCCUUUAGUUUUGCGUGGAGCUACACGAAUAUCACGAACCCCAUGCUCCCUUUCCUCUAGUUCCCGGUGUAUAAGACAGCUCAGCACGACAACCCGCAACCUCCGACCCGAACUCUCCUCACCCACGACAUCUACCUCUACGACACAGUCCCCUAGCGAAAACGAUGCUAGGAGUAGCAGAACAACACAUUUCGGCUUCCAAGAUGGCCUCUCAGAAACCGAAAAGACCGAACGAGUAGCCGGCGUCUUCCACAGCGUCGCCGAAUCAUACGAUCGCAUGAACGACUUGAUGUCCUUUGGCUGGCACCGGAUCUGGAAAGACCACUUCGUAUCCUCCCUCAACCCCGGCCUCUCCUCCACCACCCCCCCAAAACCCCAACACAUCCUCGACGUAGCCGGCGGCACCGGCGACAUAGCCUUCCGCAUGCUACACCACGCCCACAUCCUCAACAACAACCCCUCCGUGCACGUAACAAUCUCCGACAUAAACGCCUCCAUGCUCGCUGUAGGCAAACAACGUUCCCUCACCCUCCCCGCCUCGCAACAAGCAUCCCUCUCCUACCUCGAAGCCGACGCAACAUCCUUUUCCCCCACCGCCGUGCCCUCCAAUUCCCUAGAUCUAUACACCGUAGCCUUCGGCAUCCGCAAUUUCAGCAACAUCCCCGCGGCCCUGCGCGAAGCGCACCGCGUCCUAAAACCCGGCGGUGUAUUCGCGUGUCUAGAAUUCAGCAAAGUAAACCCGUCCAUCCCAUUUUUCGACGCUAUAUACAAACGCUGGAGUUUCUCCGCCAUCCCCUUAAUCGGCCAGUUGGUCGCCGGCGAUCGCGACUCAUACCAGUACUUAGUAGAAAGCAUCGAGCGCUUCCCGUCGCAAGAGGAAUUCCGCGACAUGGUUGAAGACGCCGGGUUCGUGGUUGGCGGAAAAGGAUGGGAGGAUUUGACGGGUGGUGUGGCGGCUAUACAUAAAGGUAUGAAACCUUUAUAAUACUAGCUGAGGAAUGAGGGCGGUUGUUGAUGGGAGGGAGAUCUGUAUAUCACUUGUAACGGCCCAUAGACAGGGGACUAGUCAACUCUCAACGACACGGAGGAUGUCGAGAAAAUAAGGCAAGUUAUGUACCUAGGGAGUCAUACUUGCAACUAUAAUAAUAAAGAACUCACGAAAUUCGUACCCACCCCCCUCAGAAUCAUCUUAUGAGUAAUAAUAGUUAUGACUUUUUUUUACUAAGCUGGCGGGUGCAAUAUUUCAUAAUACUUACCCCUUAAAACUUAUCUAGGCAUUCUUGAUGCUUCUAGUAUUAAUAACUGUAUAAAGAUUUGAGACAGAC